CCUUUUCCGAAGAUACUUCACCGUAAUCAAAUUAAAGAAUAAAGAAAUGUUUAAAUAAAACGAAAUAUUAUGGUGGAUAAUGUGAAUAAAUUAUAAUUUCAUUUUACUUCAACUUUGACGUAAUUCCAAGUUCUUGUCGUAGUAUACUGUUUCCUCAAAGCGAAUUUGAAUAUUUUAUUUUGUAAUCAGGAUGGCUGACAGCGCAGGAAUAGAAAAGGAAAAGCAUAUGAAACAAUUAAAACGUAGAAUGGAAUGUUGGCGUGAAGUAAUACUUCCAUUGAAUUCUAUUCUAUUAUGGGAACGAUACUGGUAUCCUGGCCUUAUAGUUGGAAUUACAAAUAUAAUAUUUUUCUUCAUAUGGAUGUUGGAACCUGCUAUACUUACAAUAAUAUCUGUAUCUCUCCUUAUAUUGGCUUUGAUUGAUUAUCUUGUGCCACCUGUAUUAUCUUUGUUAAGUCCUGCCAAUAAAUGGACAGGCCAGAAAGAAAGAAAAUUAAAUGAGAUAUGUCAAAAUUUAUCUGUAAUAAUUUUACAGUUACAAAAUCUGUGGAAAUUAAUGUUGAAAACACGAAAUGAUCGUCCUCAUGUUUAUUAUGCAGGAAUAAUAACUUGUCUCAUUGUUUGUAUAUGGAUUGGAAGCACAGUUAAUAACUUGCUUCUAUUUUAUAUUGCAGUGAAUACUCUUUUACUUCUGCCAGGAUUCAGACAUAAUGGACGUGCAUUGUCAUUUAUAUCAUACGUGCGCGUUGCUUUAUCUCACGAUAAACAAUCAUAAUCGUUGUUUUACAUUACAUACUUCGAUGUUUGAAAAUGGCGG